CACAUAUAACAAAUAUGAGCAAGAAACUGCCCAAAAUACAUGCGAACUCUGUAGAAAAACGUUUAGUUCAAUAAAAUGGCUUGCAAAACACCUGAAAACACACAUGCCAACCUACAAACAGGAACAGAAAGUAAAAAAGUCGGUUGCUGGGAAAGUCAAAAAGAAGAGAAAACAAACAAAGAGGGAGAGACGUGAACGCUACAGAGCAUUGGCUAAACGAUCGCAGGAAGUUCGAGGUUUGGGAAAAGGUUCGAGAAGCAAACCUUUCGUACCACCCGUUGGGUACAAGGUUAUCAGGUACGAGAAAAGCCUAGUUCUGAUGACUCCUGAGAAGACCAGAAUCCGGGGGGCAGCGGCUGCUGCAGACCUGUUGCAGGAAAGGGGGUUCAAGAAGAGCCUUGUUCUGGAGAGCUCCAGCUCUGAGAACGAAGAGACGUCGCCAUCAGCAGACAUGGAGCAGGCUUCUGGGAACACAACUAGCACAACAGGUCAACCAGCGAGAAAGAAGAGGGCAAACAAGAAUGACGCUGAUUGGUUAGAAGAGACAGAACGUCUACGGCAGCUUAAUAAAAGGAAACAGAACAGAAAAAAGGGGAAAAAAAAGACAUCCUGGGUCUGCAAGUGUAAGGAAAAGUUCACGAGCAAAACCUCAUAUAACCAGCAUAGACUAGAGGCCCAUCCUUUAACGUGCGAAUACUGUGAGGAAAACUUUCGCUCAAGACAAUUACUCAACAAACAUCUGAAGACGCACAUGCCGAGCGAAGACAAACUGGACUUGAGGGGUAACAAGCUUUUCUUGUGUGACCAUUGCGGGCAGUUCUUCACCGAAAAAAAGUUGCAGUGGCACAAGCUGAAACUUAACGAGGUAAAAAUGUACGAAUGCAUUGUUAACAACUGCAAGUCUACUUUUAGGAAUAGGGCAGCUGUGCAAAAUCAUAUCGCUACUGUCCACAACAGAAAUCGGUUCCCUUGCCCUCAUGAAGGUUGCAAGCAAACGUUUGGUGAAAAGUCGAGGCUGAAGUCACAUUACAAAGUGCACACGGACGAGCGCAGCCACCAGUGUUCGUAUUGCGGUAAGAUGUUUCGGAGAUCCGAGCACCUGAAGGUUCACAUGCGGAUACACACAGGCGACAACCCGUUUAACUGUGGCCUGUGUAACUACAGUGGACGGCAGUAUAACUCUCUCAGGUGGCACAUGAAAACCCACCAUCCUGAACACUGUGAAAAUUCAGGGAACAAAAAAGAUGAAAACUCAAAGAAGAAAGUUUUGGAGAGGGAUGCUUUGGCUGAUAAAGAUGAAAAUUUAGAUAGUGUGUCAGGAAGUGGUGAAAAGUGCUACUCUACAAGGUCUCGGUCCCACAGGGCAAAAUGAAGAUCAUUAAUCGACAAGAACUGGAAGUUGACGUUGCAGAUUUAAAAGAAUCAUGAGAAUAUUUUAUGUGAAGUGGUGAUGAUGAUUAGCUAUAGCAAGGGCUACCUCUUUGUAACAAAAGGUGCCAUUUUGUUGAAAAAGUUUAUGAUAUUCUUUCAGGUAGACCAACAGUUUAUCUUACGACUUUGCAAUUCCCAUUUAGGGAAAACUACUACACAUCUGUGUAGAUACUAGAAAAGUCGAUUUGCUCUUUAGUAAGCUGAUGGUGGAAAUAAGUAAAGCAGGUUUUCCAUUGGAAUAACUGAAAUAUACCCUCAUCAAAGUUUUUGAAAGUCCAUUUGAAUACUAAAACUUUUCUCAUUGGUGUAAUGUGUUAAUGGGGAAAGCAGUUUUCUCUGGUAGAAAUUAUAUAAUGCACACGAAGUGCAUGUUAUUCAAUAUACCUAUAACUAUGUCAUUCUGUCUAACGUUACUUUGUACUUUUAUAUAUUUAGUUGUUUUGGGGUUUCAAUUUAAUCCUUUGUACUUUUUGCACACCUAUAAUCUUGUUGUUACCACAAGUUCCUAUAUCUAUAUCUCAGACAAAUAAAAACUAACCAGAUGUACAACAUG